UCUUCUUCUUCUUUUAAUCUCCCCCAGACGGCCUCCUGGGCAUGUUCUUCAAGCGCCUGUCCUCUCAGCUCAUCCUGCUCCAGGCCUGGACCACUCACCUCUGGAAGAUGUUCUACGACGCCCGGAAACCCCGGAGCCAGACGAAGAACGAGUUCAACGUCGAUAACUUAGCCCGGGAUGAGUUCAACCUGCAGAAGAUGAUUGUGAUUGCCACAGCCUCUGGAAAGCUUUUCGGCAUAGAGAGCAGCUCGGGCACCAUCCUAUGGAAGCAGUUCCUCCAGGACGUGCGUCCCGGAUCUUCCUUUAAGCUGAUGGUCCAGAGGACGACGGCGCAUUUCCCCCACCCCCCACAAUGCACCCUGCUGGUCAAGGACAAGGAGUCAGGCCUCAGCAAACUCUACGUCUUCAACCCCAUCUUCGGCAAGUGGAGCCAGGUGACUCCUCCGGGGCUGAGCCGCCCCAUCCUGCAAUCCAUCCUGCUUCCCAUCAUGGACCAGGACUACGCCAAAGUGCUGCUUCUGAUUGACGACGAGUACAAGGUGACUGUCUUUCCGGCCACCAAGAACGUCCUGCGGCAGCUGGAAGAAAUGGGCCCCUCCGUCACUUUCUAUCUGGCGGACGACAAACGGGGGAAGCUGAUGGGACGGAGGCUGAGAAGGGACCUGGCAACGGAAGAGACCUGGGACAUCACCAUCCCGCCUGAUCUGCAGCGCAUUGUGACGGUGAAAGGGAAGCGGGCCAACGAACACGUCCACUCUCAAGGCCGGGUGAUGGGCGACCGCAGCGUCCUGUACAAGGUGAGGGGGAGAAAGCAAGCUCUCUUCUCUUCUCCUCCUCCUCCUUCUCCUCCUUU